CAACACUACUUUAAUUUUUUUUUUUUUUUAUUCCUAAGCGACUGUUUCCUACCAUGACCAUUGCCGAAACCGAGGUACGCUGGCUUUCAACGCCAUCCCCUGUAUUCUUCCCAUCCGCUUCACCCACGCCCAAACUCUACAGCACCCCCAAUAAAAAGCCUCCAACACCGGUCAACUGGCAACAACAGCAACAUCAGCCACAACACGAAGAGCAGUGUACCGAAGAGUCGCUGAGACACCGUUUCGAUAUGAGCCUGGAGCCAUCCAAACUACCGAGCAUAUUGUGCCCCAUUCUUCCCACCACUUCCCUGGAUAAUGAGGAUGAUGAAAUCAAAACCGAUUCCUUGCUGUCAAGUGACGUUCUAGACUCGUCCGCUAUUCUGUCCACCGAUGACAACUUGGAAGAAUUCCAAUCUACGUCUCGGUUGUCAACAUCAGGGAACCCAACAGCUUCCGAGAAUCGGUCGCUGGAUCCGUCUGGAUCAGUUGAUUGCCAAUCCAUUUCGCAGCAGACAAAGAUAAAAUCUCAAAUUUUGGCCCCUCCAACUGCAGUGACGGAUCAUUCAAGAGUAUCACAAAGCGAUCAAAAACAGCCUAAAAGAUCAGCUACCGUAAAGCAUUCGCCAAAACAAUGGAUGGCAAGACUGAAAAAGCUCUCUGGCAAGACAUUUCAACAUUAGCCCAUUUCUCGAUCAAUAAAACAAAUAAAAAUGAUAAACCAGAUCACGUUCCUUUUCAUCUUGGAAUAUUCCAAAGUUUCAAGACUAUUGCGUCUCAACCCUGAAUAGAGUUGACCACUUCUGAGUUUGUCUCCUCUUCCUUCCCUAUUUUGGAGUUUUGAUUUGUGGACAUAGGUUGCAUGCUCUUGAUGUUAAUGAGAGAUCUUACUCAAUGUUAAGCACUCGAAGCCGUGCUUUUAUGUUGAUCUGCGAAUCCGGCUUUCAAAUUUGGAUACCUCAAUAAAAGUUGCCUUUUACCAAAAUAUCAAAGAAAAGCACAAUGAUUUAACAGUGAUAUUCCUCCUGUGAAAUGAAAAAAGUUAGGAUUUUUUCAUAUGACCAAAAA